GUUUUUAGCAGUCUUCGUCACGGAUGGAGGCAAGUUUGUGUGCGCAAUUAGGCUUGCAAAUUGCUAAUCUCGCGCUGACAGUGCCUGUGGGUUCCCAGCUGGGCAUGGUUACCUUGAGAGAGCUGUUGGGAUCAGCACUGUCAGAGCAUGCUCCGCUGGGGAGAUCGGGUGGGUUUUCUGUUUUUAAUGCGAUUUAACGAAGAUGCUUCUCACUCUGCCAUAUCCGAAGCAUAAUGGAAGAGCAGAGCGGUGAUUGGUUGUGGAUACUGGAAAAGGAGAAAUGCGAAGGUUGACUAUGAUCCAUCACGCUCCGUGAAGGACCAGCAUGGAGGUUGGUGCUUUGAACUGUUAAUGGGGACAUGGGACUCACGUCGUCGUUGAUCAUUUGUGUGGACUCCGCCAACGAAGAGCACCAGAAGGCGCUAGAAAGACAGUGGGAAUUAUAGCAGUUUUUCAGAAUGUCUGAGCAAGGUAAAUCAAACCAGGAGACAGCAGAGGAAGCUGCCAAAGAGCAGGAGACUGCCAUCUCUGAGGGGAACAUGGACAACUGUAUCCUUAAUAAAUCUGAAAGCUCGGAAGUGGAGGAGAAGGAGGAGAAGCUGAGCGAUGCCAAGACAGAGCUGCAGAAACGAGGUGCAAAUCAGAACCAGCAGAAAAAGAGAUCCAAGUCAGGAGCAAAAGGAAAACUCGUCCGGAGUCUUGCUGUGUGUGAAGAGUCAUCCCCUCGCCCGGGAGUGGAAAAUAUUCAUGAUAAUCAGGAAUCAAUCCAACUGCAGCUUUCAAGUUUUCCCAGCUUGCAAGAAGAAGAUAAAUCUAGUAAAGAUGACUCUGAGAAAGAAAAAGAGAAGGAUAAAAAUAAAGAAAAAGAGAAAAACAGUGAAAAAACCAAGAUCAGAAUGUUAUCAAAAGAUUGCAGUCAAGAGUAUACAGACUCGACAGGCAUAGAUUUGCAUGAGUUUCUCAUUAACACAUUAAAGAAUAACCCCAGGGACAGAAUGAUACUCUUGAAAAUGGAACAGGAAAUUAUUGAUUUUAUUAGCGACAACAAUAAUCACUAUAAAAAGUUCCCUCAGAUGUCAUCGUAUCAGAGGAUGUUAGUGCACAGGGUGGCAGCUUACUUUGGGAUGGAUCACAACGUGGAUCAGACUGGAAAAUCUGUAAUUAUCAACAAGACCAGCAAUACAAGAAUACCAGAGCAAAGGUUUUCUGAACAUUUAAAAGAUGAAAAAGGUGAAGAAUCCCAGAAGCGAUUUAUCUUGAAGCGAGAUAACUCUAGUAUUGAUAAAGAAGACAAUCAGCAAAACAGAAUUCUUCCAUUUAGAGAUGACAGACGAAGUAAAUCAAUUGAAGAGAGAGAAGAGGAGUAUCAGAGAGUGAGGGAGAGAAUAUUUGCACAAGAUUCAGUUUGCUCCCAGGAAAACCUUUUUGUGGAAAACAGUAGGCUGUUGGAAGACAAUAGUAUAUGCAAUGACACCCAUAAGAAAAGACAGCUGUUUAGGGGUAACAGGGACAGCACGGGGAAGGCGUCUGGCAGUCGACAGAGCAGUACGGAGAACGAGUUGAAGUGGACAGACCACCAGAGGCCAUGGAGCAGCACAGACUCGGACAGCUCGAAUCGCAAUUUGAAGCCAGCCAUCACCAAGACAGCCAGUUUUGGUGGGAUAACCGUCCUGACGAGAGGAGAUAGCUCAUCAAGUAACAGGAGUACCGGGAAACUGUCUAAAACAGGUAGCUCAGAGUCUUCCAGCAGCGCUGGCUCCUCAGGAUCACUGUCACGAAUACAUCAGCCUCUCCAAAGUGCAUCUCUCGUCCCUGGGGUGACGGCCAGCUCUUCAGGCAGCAUGUCCUACCCUGAGAAUGGGAUGAGCGGCCAGGUGGCCCCCAGCAACACCAGCUAUAUCAUUCUUCCACUUGAAGCUGCAGGGAUACCGCCUGGCAGCAUCCUUCUCAACCCACACACAGGUCAACCGUUUGUAAAUCCGGAUGGGACACCGGCAAUAUACAACCCUCCCAGCGGCCAGCAGACCAUGAGGAGCCAGAUGGUGGGACAGUCUCAGCAGCAGCCUUCAUCCCAGCAGCCUCAACAGGUUCAGCAGCCACAGCAGCAAAUGGCGAGUCACCUUGUCACACAGCCUGUUCAGGCAAUGCAGCCAUCUUCUCAGUCAGUCCAAUAUCCAGCAGUUUCUUAUCCUCCCCAGCAUCUCCUGCCAGUCUCUCCAACGCAGCAGUUUUCUGUGCGAGAUGACAUGACAACCCAGUUUAACCAGAUGAGCUUAAGCCGGCAGUCGUCGGGAGACAACCCCGAAUCUCCUUCUGGUCCUGUCUACCCCUCGCCCAUCCUGCAGCAGCCUGCCCAGCAGACGGGUUACAUCAUGGCUUCUCCAAGCCAGCAGCUUCCCCCGGGGGGCUUCACAGGUUCAGGUCCACCAGUAUCCCAGCAAGUGCUGCAGCCACCACCGCCGCCACCGCCCCCCCAGGGCUUCGUGCAACAACCACCGCCACCUGCUCAGAUGCCAGUGUAUUAUUACCCAUCUGGUCAGUACCCUACCUCAACAACUCAGCAGUACAGACCCAUUGCCUCAGUUCAGUACAAUGCACAGCGGAGUCAACAGAUCCCACAGACUGCACAGCAAGCAGGUUACCAGCCCGUCCUGCCCAACCAGCAGCAGGGGUUCCAGGGUCUCAUGGGAAUGCAGCAGCCCCCCCAAAGCCAGAACCUGAUGAAUAAUCAACAGGGAAAUCAGGUGCAAGGCAUGAUGGUGCAGUAUCCAGCCAUGUCGUCUUAUCAGGUGCCAAUGACCCAGGGUUCUCAAGGAUUGCCACAACAAUCGUAUCAACAACCGCUCAUGCUACCUAAUCAAUCAGGUCAAGGAACACUUACAGCCACUGGAAUGCCUGUCUACUGUAAUGUCAUACCUCCUGCCCCACAGAACAACCUCCGUCUGAUCGCCCCGCACUGCCCCUCCAGUAACGUUCCAGUUAUUUCUGCCAGCUGCAGGACAAACUGUGCGAGCAUUAACAAUGCAGGGUGGCAGGUCAAGUACUGACACGGUGGCCUGGCGUGGAUAUCCGAGGGUAGCGGUGCAUUAUUUGACAAAUAACUCAUGGCCUUCAAACGAAGAGGAACACCACAGGAUGAUCAGUUGAGGACAGAAGUACUGACUAUGCUCAAGUGAUUUGCUGCUGGAAAAAAUCUGUAAAAAAAAAGAAAUAAAAAUAAAAUAAAUUUUGAAAAAAAAUAAAAUGUUUGCUGGUUAAUGGUGCAUAUUUUUGUCAUGUCUGCUAGGUAUGCCUUUAUAGCUUAGCUAGUGACAUGAAUUCAUUGAGGUAAGAUUUUUUCCUACCACUGAACACCACUGUGUAGAUUGUAAUAUCCCCGAUUCGGAUUAGUUUUGUACUUUGUGUUGAGUUUGUGAAGCUAAAAGUAUUUAAAAAUAUAAUAAAAUCACAUUGUACCAAAGCUGUAAUGGAAAUUAAAAAGAUCAGAACAAAAAAAAAAAAAAAAAGAAUUACUGAAUGGAAGGAAUAAUUUAUAUACACUAUAGAGUUUUUUUAUGGAUAUAUACUGUAUUGUAGUGCUUAAUCACAAUAAAGCUAUUUGACCUCAUGGAGAAAGGUCAUGUUUCUACCA